ACCCAGGAACGGCCGCGCUCGGGUGCACGGAGCUCUUCCUGGCGGGAUGAAAGUCGACAGAUAAAAUAUUAGCAUCAGGUCGCAGCAUUCCUUCCUCCGGGCCAAACUCGCAUUACGACGAUGAGGAGCUAAGCUGCGAUGCCUGGCCGGUGAUGCAAGGCUCGAUUUUUCCAGCUCGGUUUUCCCUCGGGCUCCAGGCUCUCCCGCUGGUGCAGCUCCGGGUGCUUUGGGUGUGGAGCUCGGCCAGGAUCCGGCCCUGGACGCUGUGGAGUUGCAGUCCCAGCUGGAGCAGGUUUUUCUUGGUGUCCCAUCUCCGUGCUCCUCUCCCGCCUCCGCCGACCCCCAGCUCCUCGCCCCGAGGAAGGGAGCACGCUGUGGGCAUCUCCCAUCCACCGAAAUCUAUGAUCAGCUCGGUGUGUGUCUCCUCCUACCGUGGACGCAAGUCUGGGAACAAACCACCCUCCAAAACAUGCCUGAAGGAAGAGAUGGGCAAAGGGGAAGAGUCGGACAAGAUCACCAUCAAUGUAGGGGGCACCCGGCAUGAGACCUACAAAAGCACGCUGCGGACUCUGCCGGGCACCCGCCUGGCCUGGCUGGCCGACCCCGACGCCCAGAGCAACUUUGACUUUGAUGGGAAAAGCAACGAGUUCUUCUUCGACCGCCACCCGGGGAUCUUCUCCUACGUGCUCAACUACUACCGCACCGGGAAGCUGCACUGCCCCGCGGACAUCUGCGGGCCCCUCUUCGAGGAGGAGCUCACCUACUGGGGCAUCGACGAGACCGACGUGGAGCCCUGCUGCUGGAUGACCUACCGGCAGCACCGCGACGCCGAGGAGGCCCUGGACAUCUUCGAGAGCCCCGAGCCCGGCGGAGGGGCUGCGGGAGAGGAGCCCGAAGAGGAAGCGGGGAGGGAGAUGGCCCUCCAGCGCCUGGGCAUGGAUGACAGACCCCCAGGGGCAGCGGGCGCUGCUGGAGGAGGGGGCUGCUGCCGGAACUGGCAGCCCAGGAUGUGGGCGCUCUUUGAGGAUCCCUACUCGUCCAAGGCGGCCAGGGUGGUCGCUUUCGCCUCGCUUUUCUUCAUCCUGGUCUCCAUCACGACCUUCUGCCUGGAGACACACGAGGCCUUCAACAUCGACGUCAACGUGACGGAGACGCUGGUGGUGGGCAACACCACGCGGGUGCUGCUGACGCGCAAGGUGGAGACGGAGCCCGUCCUCACCUACAUCGAGGGCGUCUGCGUGCUCUGGUUCACCCUCGAGUUCCUGGUCCGCGUCGUCUGCUGCCCGGACAAGCUCCUCUUCGUCAAAAACCUCCUCAACAUCAUUGACUUCGUGGCCAUCCUGCCCUUCUACCUGGAGGUGGGGCUCAGCGGUUUGUCCUCCAAGGCCGCGCGGGACGUGCUGGGCUUCCUGCGCGUGGUGCGCUUCGUGCGCAUCCUGCGCAUCUUCAAGCUGACGCGGCACUUCGUGGGGCUGCGCGUGCUGGGCCACACGCUGCGCGCCAGCACCAACGAGUUCCUGCUGCUCGUCAUCUUCCUGGCCCUGGGCGUCUUGAUUUUCGCCACCAUGAUCUACUACGCCGAGCGCAUCGGCGCCAAGACGUCCGACCCCACCGGCAGCGACCACACUCACUUUAAGAACAUCCCCAUCGGGUUCUGGUGGGCUGUCGUCACCAUGACCACGCUGGGGUACGGUGACAUGUACCCCAAAACGUGGUCAGGGAUGGUGGUGGGCGCCCUGUGCGCCCUGGCUGGGGUGCUGACCAUCGCCAUGCCCGUGCCCGUCAUCGUCAACAACUUUGGGAUGUACUAUUCGCUGGCCAUGGCCAAGCAGAAGCUGCCAAAGAAGAAGAAAAAGCAUAUACCCCGUCCUGCGCCCCUGGACUCCCCCACCUACGGCAAAUCCGGGGAGAACUCGCCCAGGAACAGCACCCAGAGCGACACCUGCCCUCUGGCAGUAGAGGAGGGGGCACCUGAGCGGAAGCGGUCAGGCUCCCAGCAGAACGGCGAUGCCAACGUGGCGCUGCCGGACGAGGAGCAGCCGCCGUCCCCGGAGCCGCGGCGCCGCUCCAGCGACCGGAGCCAGAAACCCUCCCCCUGCUUCCUGCUGCCCUCGGGGGAUUUCUGUGCAGCUGAUGGGGGCAUCCAGAAAGAUUCCUGCCAGGACACCCUCGCUUCCAGUUACCCCCAGGGUGAGGUGGUCACCUUCUCCUGAGCCCAGCUGGAUGCAGCAGCACCCUGGGAGGGAUGUGUGUCCCCAGGGAUGCUCUCCCCAGGGUGGAAGGAUGCUCUCCCUGGGGCCAAGGGAUGCUCUUCCUAAAGAUAAAGGAUGCAUUCCUGCAGGGAUGCUCCCCCUAAAACCUGGGGAUGCUCCCCCAGAGCCCAGGGAUGCUCCUUCCAAGGCCAAGGGAUGCUUUUCCCAAGGGAGAUGCUCAUCCCAAGGCUGAGGGAUGCUCCCCCCAAAGCCCAGGGAUGCUCCCCCAAAGCCCAGGGAUGCUUUUUCCAAGGCUGGGACAUGCAUUCCCCCAGGGAUGCUCCCCUCAAGCCAUGGGGUGCUCUUUUCAAGGGAGAUGCUCAUCCCAAGGCUGAGGGAUGCUCCUCCCAAAGGGGAUGUUCCCCCAGGGCCAAGGGAUGCUCCCCCAAAGCCCAGGGAUGCUCCCCCAAGGCCCAGGGAUGCUCCCCCAGGGCUGGGACAUGCAUUCCUCCAGGGAUGCUCCCCCAAAGCCCAGGGAUGCUCCCCCAGGGCUGGGACAUGCAUUCCCCCAGGGAUGCUCCCCCCAAGGCCAAGGGAUGCUCUUCCCCAGGAGCUCUCUUCCCCCAAAGCUCCAGCUCCAUGCCCGGGGUGGGGCUGGCAGCUGGGACCCCCUGAGAGGUGCCCCAGGCUGGCAGGGAGCUUGGGGACAGCCCCAUCCCCUUCCUGGUGCCAGCCCUGCCACGGCCACGCUGCCCCAGCACCCCUGGGCUGCCCCUCCCCUCGCCCACGCUUUUGGCUGCACCUCACCCUCCAGCUCUGGAGAUCCAGCUGCUCACCAGGACAUCUCUGCGCCGUGCUCCGACCCCUCCGUGGUCACACGGCCACCGGAACCUUCUCUGGGCUGCCAAACUCCACUGCAGGAGCCACCGUCGCUCCCCCACGGGCACAGGGGGAUGAGUGGGGUGCUCGGGGGGCAGGGAUGGGGAUGGGGAGCAGCAGGAGAGGGAGGUGUGGGGGUCCCGCGGGCCUGGGGGGGUCAGGGUCCCUCUAACGCUGUCCAUGUCUCUGUGACCAAGGCAAUACUCCAGUCUGUCCUGUCCGCAUGCCUGUCCCACCUGUAGAGUUCAAUAAACACAUCCACGAGCUGAGUCAGCUCCAGACCCCUCCUGCCUCCCCUGGUUCUUUGCCUCCUUUCUCUGCCUGCCCAGAGUCCUGCCCAGCCCUGUCCCUGGCAGGAGGAGUGGGGGGUUCUGGCCAUGGCAUUGCCUUGAGGGAGGUGAUUCUUCCUCCCUGCUCUGCUGUCCGGGUGUGAAGGACAGGUGUCUGCAAUAAAGGCAGAACCUUCUCUUUGAAAUGAAGAAUGUAAACCCUCUCCCUCCAAAUUAUUAUAAUCUUGAAAUUAAGGGGCUCUCAGGCAAAGAUAUGGGAAUUAGGAAUAACAGUUCUUUACUAGGAAAAUUCGAAUAGAAAUGCAGUAUUACACAGAACAAUCCCAGCCCUGCCAGAGUCAGAAUCCAAGCUGACACCCGUCAGUCAGUCAGGGUGUUGGCACAGUCCCAUUCAAUGGUGGCUGCAUCCUCCUGCAGGGGCAGAUGUGGUUCAGCUGGAGCAGUGCUCCUGGAGAAGGUGCAGUUUCCUCUGAAGCUCCAGGGAUGAUGUGGAAAGGUCUGGCUUUCCUCUGGGAUCCAGUGGCAGAGGCUGCUCUGGUGUUCCAAAUCUCAGUUUUUAUCUGGGUAGGAAAGGCUUGGCUCCUCCCCUGGCUGGAGCAUCUCCCAGUGGGAUGAUGGAAUUUUAUCAGUCAUGCCCUGGGACUCAGUGGCCAUGAACAGGAGAUAUCUCCUGGAGGGAGGAUGGGCUGUGGGAAGAUAAAGAUGAUUGCCCAGCUGGUUUAAAGCUGGCCCAUGGGCAGAUAAUGUGUGCCAGGAGAUCAGGGGCACUGCCCCAGCUGGGUUAACAGAUGGGACAGAAUCCACAUUUCUGGUCCCAUUAACCCAACACACCCCCAGCAAUGCUGCAUCCAGCUCUGGUGCCCCCAGCAUUAAAAGGAACUGGAGCACCUCCCCUAUGGAGACAGGACAGGAUUGUUGGGGCUGCUCAGCCUGGAGAAGAGAAGGUUGUGUGGUGACCCCAGAGCACCUUCCAGGGUCUGGAGGGUCUACAGAGGAGGACAGUUCUGAAGGAAUUGGAGUGAGAGGACAAGGGGGAAUGGCUUGAAGCCAAAAAUGGGAAAUUUGAGUUUGGUGUUGGGAAGGAAUUGUUCCCUGUGAGGGUGGGCAGGGCUGGCACAGGGUGCCCAGAGCAGCUGUGGCUGCCCCUGGAUCCCUGCAAGUGUCCCAGGACAGCUUAGAUGGGGCUGGGAGCAGCCUGGGACAGAGGGAGGUGUCCCUGCCUGUGGCAGGGCUGGGACUGGAUGGAUUUUAAUGUCCCUUCCCACCCAAACCAUUCUGGGAUUCCAUGCUGUGGCUGAGCUCUUUGCUUUCUCACAGAGCUUGGAGCGGAGCCCACACUGGAAAUCCCAGGGCUGAAUGACCCCUGUGACAUCCCUGUGACAUCCCUGUGACAUCCCUGUGACAUCCCUGUGACAUCCCUGGGGUGGACAAAGGCCGCCCAGAGCUGACCCUGGCUCUGCCCACCCUGGGGACAGAGGGGACAGACAGAACCCAGCCCUGCUGGGUCACCAGGGCCACCCUGGGCUCUCAGGGGGAGCACCAGGGUGGGGUGGACAGUCCUGCCGGGCUGUGUGGGCCACCCUGACCUCACUGCUGACUCCACAGGGAACAUUUCCCACCCUUUUGGGGCUGCACCCUCCAAAACCCAGCGAGAGAACCAGAGACCUGGCACAAGUGUGGGUGCUCCAAAUCCCCACUGCCACCAGCUGGGGCUGCAGCUGACACCUCCAAUGGAGAACUUGGGGCUCUUUUAUCUGGGACUGGUGGUGGGGGAAGAGCCUGGGAUGGGUAAAACCAGCGAGGGAACUGAAAAGCAGCAUGAGACUGGAAAGAAAACAUUCCCAAAUGUGAGCAAUUGGUGGCUGGAGGCCAAAGAGCAAUUACAGAGAGGAGAGAGAGGAGAGAGAAGAGAGGAGAGAGAAGAGAGGAGAGAGAAGAGAGAAGAGAGAAGAGAGAAGAGAGAAGAGAGAGAAUAGAAGAGAAGAGAAGAGGAGAGAGCCUGUCCCUCCAAGAGGUUCAGUUCCCUCUGCAGCUGCAGAGUCCUCAGGAGAGCCCCAGGGUGCUGCCAGCUGUGCCAUGGCCAUGGAUUGAUCAUGGGAUUGUGAUAAUUGAUAAAAGAUUCGUGUUAAUCACAGAAGUUUGGGAGUUUGUAUAAACCAGAACACUUAGGUGAGGCAUGGACCUGGAUAAAGGAAAAUAUCUGAUUAAAUCACUCUGUUUUAAAUCCCCCUGUUAUGAACAUUAUGUUUUCUAAAUAAGUUGUCUCUAAUACCAGUUUGCACAACAAGACUUUCUGAUAGCCUGAUAGAUUUUGCAAGCUCAGACUUCCUGCCUUUGUUCAAUCAAUGCUGCCUAUCUACACAGACCAGAACUUCCCAAUUUCUGCUGGUUUUAUCUACCAAGACCAGAUGGUUAUCUAUGAGGCUGACUCCCAGAGAAAUUACAUGGAUAUUUAUUUCAGCCAACACUGCUUGCCUGGCAAAAUUAUGACAGCAAAAAACGCAAAAAUUAUUAAUUACAAGGAGAGACCAGACUAUAAAGAGAAGCUGCAAACCAAAGUUUGACAGA